GACAAGGCUUACCCUACGCGCAACAUAGUCCCUACGGCAUCUCCAGUCUUUGCUGUAGCCAAAGACCGCACACACGAGAUUGAUGACAAGAACAGCCGUAUGGUAGUGGACGUACGACCUGUGAACACAUGGGUAUUGACAGACAUGUACCCGAUGAAGACCAUGCCCGAGAUGAUGGGCAAGGCUGCCGACGCUACACACAUAACCAUGUUUGACGCCAUGGCCUUUUACUGACAAUGAAAAGUACACCCUCUGUCGCAAUGGCUGUCGUCACAACUGACAGGCAGUACACCUUCCAAGUGCCCCUUAUGGGCUACGAGAACUCCAACGCCUAUGCCCAACUUCCUUAGACAUCGAUGGAGGGGAGCCUAGUAGUAAGCACAAAGAAACCGAGUUCCAUAAGAAUGGUACCUGGCGAAAAUAUCCUACGCCGGGACUUCAAAACUCGACGCCUAGCCGAUGGAUCUAGAAAGGCCAAGGUCUUGUCUUACCAA